GUGAUGUGGCCGAUGUGAGAUAGUAACAUGCAAAUUUGAUUUUUAUUUAUUUCCAAAAUGCAAAAAAUAAUUUCUAUAUUAUUAUUUGUAAUUUUUAUUUGUAAUUUAUUUUAUUUAUGUUCAAGUGAAGAUUUUAAAUAUUGUACUGAUCCAAAAUGUUCAGGACCAUUGUCAGAAGCGGUUACUAAACUAACUUAUAAUGCACCAAAUUUACAUUCUUUAUCGUUUGCAAAAAAUAUGAAAGUUAAAGUAUUUAGUAAAUUGAAGGGAUCCGAAGAAAACCACUGGGGAAUUGAAUUUAACGGAAAAAGAGGUUAUGCUCCAUCGAGUUUUUUAAGAGAAGUGAGAUUAAUUCACAAAAUACCGCCCGUGAAAGUUCCGUAUAAUAUUCCAGAUGAUUUGUUUCCUGCUAUCCCCGUAAAAGGUAAUUCUGAAAAUGCAAUUAAAACGGAUAUUCCAGCUGGAAUUACUGAUGAAAUACCUACUCCACAAAAUGUUCUUUCACCUCACGAAGUCGUUGAUGGUACAACAUUAUAUUUGGACCCAGAAGAUAACAUAAUUUCACCAACAGAAAAUUCUGUGGAAUCUACAUUUACAGAUAAACCAGAUUUUAUAUCCAAUAAUGAAUACGAGGAUGAAGAAGAAGAUUGGGAUCUGGAAUAUAAUGAUGUUCGUGAUAUGAAAAAUGAAAACAAGGAAACUUCUGCUGAAGCUUUAAGUGAAACCAUAGCAAAAGAAAAUUUCGAGUCGAAAUCCGAAACAGACUCUAAAAAUAUAGAAAGUGAUUUAAGAUCUAUUGAAACACAAAAUUUAGCCCAUAGUGAUGAAGUUAAUAAUGCAACAUUCAAACAAAGUGACAUUGAAAACAAUGCUGAUAUUCAAGAAAACUCCACUUUUAAUGAUGCUAACAUAGAAAACAAUUUAGAAUCCGAAAGUAAUAAUUUCAAAGAGGAAACGGAAUCAAUUACUGAAAUCGAUAAAAAUGUUACUGUAUCCCCAGAACCGUCUGCGGAUGCGUCGGAACUUCUUACUAGUGAACAUGAUAAAGUUAGUGAAGUAAAAUCUUCAUCGGAAGUAUCAUCUGAAAGUAUUGUGGAUAACUCAAAACAGGAACCUCUUGAAGAAUUAGUAAAUAAUAUGACAAAUUCGGGUGAUUCUAACGUUGAAACAAAGGAGGACAAUUCCGAGAUUAAAAACCCGCUGUUAAAUAUUAAUUCAGAAGUUAAAUCUGAUGAAGUUAAGAACACAGAAACAACUACCGAUGGCAAAGUAACAAAUUUGGACGAUAAUUCUGAAGUUAAAUCUGAUGAAAAUGCGAGCACAUUUACCGAUGACAGCGCAUUAAAUUCGGAAGAUAAUUCAAAAGUAAAACAUGAUGAAACUGUUGGCGUAUCUAAUAAUGAUAUAUCACUGGAUUCUAAAGUAAAUAUUCCUAAUGUCAUUGAAUCUGUCGAAUAUUCGUCUUCAAUGAAAGUUAAUCCUAAUUCAAAUACGAUAGACAGUAUAAAUGAUCCUAGACCAUUUGAUUCUUCUGAAACAAUAGAAACAACCACUGAUAAUACAACAGCCUAUUCAUAUAAGCCAGAGGAAAUUUCUGAAAGUAAAAAUGAGCAACAACCUUCUGUAGAUACAGUGAUUUUAUCUCCUGAAAUAAUAGACGAUUCCAUUUUGUCCCAUAAACAAGAUUCGCAACAUGAUGCUAAUCCUACUGGAAGUGAUUCGGAAAAGCAACCGGAUAAUCUAGUUAACUUAUCAUCCGACAGACAACACAUAGCUUCGGAUGGAGUAGAUGUUUCAAAUUCGGAAAAGCAACCGGAUAAUCUAGUUGAAAACUUAUCAUCCGACAGACAACACAUAGCUUCGGAUGGAGUAGAUGUUUCAAAUUCACCAAACGAAUUUGACUCUCAUCAGUUUCCUAAUUCCAUUAAUAUUUUAGACCAACUAAAUAAUGCUUUACCAACUAAUAAUAUUGAGAGUAACACAAAGAAACAUUUAGAAAAUUCACAAGAAGAUAUUACAAAAUCUGAGGAGCACUUCCAUUUUGAAAAUUUUGUUAUGGAUUCCGACGAAAAGAAGAAUGAAGUUCCAAAUUUAGAUAAUGCAAAUAGUGAUAGCAAUGUAGUGACUGAAAACUCGAAUGGCAACGUUUUAAUAAAAUCUGAAGAAAAUGGUAUAAGUGAUGUAAUGUCGGAUGUGAAUUUAGAACAAGCUGAUUUUCUUACAACUGUUUAUGAAUUUUUUGGUAUUUAUCAAUCUAAAGAACCUGAAGUAGAGCUUGCCUCAGGCUCCGAUUUCAGUAAUGUUGAAUCACGGUCAAUUAUAGGUGAUAACGAAGAAGUGUAUUCAAAAAAAGAAGAGUUCGUUUGUAAAAAUCCCAAUUCAGAAAACAUCUAUUCCUUACAAGAGUUUGAAAUUCCUGAAUCCACGUAUGGAAUUAUUAUUUAUUUGACUAUAACAGCUAUUACUGUCCUUAUAUUCACAUUAGGAUAUUAUUAUAUUGAAAAACUACGCCAAGAUGGAACAUUAGUUAAACGAAUAAAUGAAUUAGAAAAAGCUCUACUAAAUAGUAACAAGGAAAAAAACAUAUUACGAAAUGAAUUGGAAUUAUCACAAGGUGCGGAAGCUCCAAUAUCUUUGUUAGAAAAACUACGGGAUGAACUUGAAGAAUCGAAUCGAUUGAGAAUUGAAUUAGAGGAACAAAAUGUGAAUUUAGAACGGGAAUUAGAAACAGCAACUGAAGCAGGCUUAGAAUUAAAUAAAAUGCUUGGAGAAUAUUUAAGCUCACAACAAAGCGGUAAUUUAGUGGAGGAGAGCUUGGAAUACUUACAGAAACAAUUAAAUGAUCAACAAUUAACAAUCGCUGAAAUGACUGUAUCAGCAAAUGAAAAAGCAAAAGAAUUUGAAACUAAAUUAGCUGAAUUAAAUAUCGCAAAAGAAAAAAUUACCGAAUUAACAAGUGAACUAAAUUCCUUAGUUGUAAAUUUCACCAAAUUACAAGAAGAUUCAUAUACGAGAGAAACACAAUUAAAUGAACAAAUAACGAUGCUAAAAACCCAAUUAGAAAAAGAAAUUAACGAAAAAAAUCAAGAAAUUAAUGAAAAGAAUAAUGAAUUGAAUCAAAUUAGACAAUUAUCAAAGGAAUUGCAACAUGAUUUAAAUGUAAAAGAAAAUGAAUUUUUAUUGCUAAAAGAAAAUUUAAAAUCGAAGAAAGGAGGCGAAAAUAGUGUUGAAAGUAUAAUUGAUAAUACUCAUAUACGUGCCGAAUUGAAAGAAGUUAAUGCAGAAAAAGAAUUAUUAAUCAAACAAUUGGAAGCUGAAAUUGAACGAAAAAAAACAAUAGAAAACCAAUUAACGCAAAUGGUGGCUGAGAAAGAUAAUUUACACUCACAAUUACAGAAUGUUGAAAAAGAAAAAAUUGAAACUCAAACAAGAUUGGAAGUUCUAUCUGCAUAUUUUAAAGAAAAAGAAACCCAGUUACAAAAGGAAUUAGCGAAACAUGAAGAACUAUGGUCACAAAAUCAAGGACAGGCCAAUUCUACUGUCGAACGAAUAAAACUUUUGCAAGAGGAAAUUCAAAAUUACAAAACACAGAAUGAAAUGUUGAGAAAUGAAAUUGUAGAUCAAGAAGUCAGCUUAAAGAGUCAAAUAUCUGUUAUGGAAAAGAAAAAUCAUGAAAACUGGCUGUUGUUAAGACAGACAGAACGAAGGUUAGAAGAAUCAAAACAUGAAUGCAGUCAAUUAAGAAACCGCCUUACCAUUGUGGAGAAAAAUUUAAGCAGUGAAGAUAAGUCUCAAUUUAGGGUAGUUUCACCACCAUUGAAUGGCGAUAUAAGUACAUCGCCUAUCCACAUGAUCGAGCCUCCAGUAUCAUCACCAUUAUUAUUUCCUCAUCGGGACAACAUGCCUACGACUCCGCCAAUCAACUUUAUGGGUCUUCCACCACCUCCACCGCCACCAGGUGCUUUACCAUUCAUGCCCCCACCGCCUCCAGGAGUACCGUUCAUGCCACCACCACCAACAUUAUUCCCUGGGGACCGGAGGCCACCGCCGCUAGGUAGAAUGUCCUCACCACCACCACCUCCACCUAAUACAUUUUCACCUCCGCGAACGUUUUCGCCAUAUGAUCAAGAUCGUGAUAGUCCCCCUAUUCGUGAUCGUAUGUAUAAUUUAUACGACAAUGACAAUAAUUAUCGACAUCGUUCACCGCCACCAUUUGCACCGUUGCCACCACCACAUACAGAUCAAGUGAAAGAUUGGGAAAAUAGGCAAAGUUUUCGACCAAUAGAUCAACAACGACCGACAAAUCGAUCGAAAACUAAUUUAAAUUCAAACGAAUUUGUUUGAUAUGAAAAAAUAUGAUAUGUAAACUUUUUAAUAAUGCGCAAUUUUCUUUCGUAGUAAAUUAAAAUAGAAACUACAUUUUUCAUCAUUACAAAUUCAGAGCUGCCAUUCAGCGGAAACUAAAGAAAAAACAUAAAUUUUCAUAUGUUUUUUCGCCACUAAAUGUGAUAUCAUAGGUGCGUCUUUAAAAAUUUAUUACGUUGUAAGUUUCGAAUGUAAAAGCCAUUAAAUUUUAUAGAAAAUGUGGUAGCACUGAGUUAUCUAUAUUCCAAGCAAAAAAAUUGUGUAUUGAGUGAUGUCAGACAAAUAGAGAGCAUUUGAAUUAAACAACGAUCUCAUACAUUAAAUUAUUUGUGCUGGUUACAAAAAAAGGGAAAAAAUUAUUGGAAUAUAGUUACCUUUGAUGAAAAUUUGAAUUCAAUUUAUUAAAAAAGCAAAAAUUGCCUUAUUCUUUAGAUUUUAUACCAAAAUUAUUGUUUCCAAGUUUACAAAAAGAAGAAAUAUAUUAAUGUACUAUAAAUUUAUUAAUUUUUAUUUAGAAAUACUUUCUUUAAAUGUCUCCGCCAAAUGUUAUUUUUUAUUAAUUGUUGUACAUGUAAAUGUCGAUUCUAACAAUGAUUGAUGAGUUGAAAAGAAGCCAGAAAAUUUAUUUCUCUUUUGGUACAUAA